GAUUAUGAGCAUUUAAUAUAAAACACUGAAUAUAGGUGUGUGCUAUUUUAACGCUGUCUUCUUUAAUUAAGUCAACAGUUUUCCUGUAAUUCCUCAGGGGGAAAAAAUUCAAGAUAGAGCGUCUGCAAUACUUCCUUUGUUCAGUUUGAAGCUUGUGCUUGUGUGUGUGAGCGUCUCUCUGUUCAUAUUUGACACUUAUCAGUGAGAGCCAGCUGCUGAACGCUCCCACACACACAGUGACUCGACCAUUAGAAGCACAGUCGUCUUCUGAAGACACACAGCUCUAAAGUGAUCUGUCACCAUGAAGGGAUUCCUCAGUCUGCUUCUCAUCAGCAUCUCAUCAGCAUCAGCAUGUCCUCACCUUUGCACCUGUCAUGGAAGCCAGGUGAACUGCAGCAGCAGAUCUCUCACCUCCUCCUCUCUGCCCACUCGUUUCCCUGCUGGAACCACCGAGCUCUACCUCCACAACAACGUGCUCACCCACCUUCCCAACGAGGUCCUGGACAACCUGCCCUCCCUGCGCUACGUCUCCCUUCACAACAACUCCUGGGUGUGCGACUGUGGAGUCCUCUACCUGCGGGCCUGGCUGCUCAGUCAUCCUGCCAGCCUAAGGUCACACGUGGGCGUGAACUGCAGCUACCCACCCGACCUGAGAGGACGGCUGGUGGUGUAUCUAACCGAAGACGAGGUCCUGGAGUCCUGUCACUACUGGUACUGUGACCUGGCUCUGGCCUCUCAGGUGUGUCUCGUUGUGUUUGUGAUGGUGCAGGCGGCUCUGCUGGUGGCUCUUAUCGUGUUCCUGAGGAGGUUUGAGAGGCUCUCCAGAGAGGCGAGGAGGACCAAGGAGGAGAGCUUCACAGCCGGGGAGGUUCAGAGGGAGAACUACUACAGCCCUCUUAAGGACAGCAGGACCUGAGAUGAAGCUGAGAUGUGUUUGGUUGUUAGAUUUAACUAAAGAAAAAGAGCAAUUAGUAAUUUAGACAGAUGAUUAGAUAGAAAAAGUUGCUCACAAGCUUUUCAAGUUUAAAUACAAUUCAAAUUACCUUUUAAUCCACAAGCAGGUUAGACUAAAGCAAAAACAUGAGUGAACUAUUAGAGAAAUAGAAAAUGCAGGGAGCGUUUCUGGACAAUACUGAAGCUGUUCUGUUGGCUUUUGCUUUACUUUGUGAGCGUACUCUGUGUGUAGACAACUGUAAACCCUACCCUUGUAGUAGACUUGUUAAUGAAGAUACAUGUAUAUCAUCUUUAAAAACAGUGAACACUUGAGCAUGCCUGAUAUUGGACUUUGAGGAGAUAGCAUUGAUAUUAUUUUAUAACCUCCCUGUUACAGUAUACUGUGUGAUAUUUAUGUCAAAUAAUUGAUUAGGCUUGAUUAGGAACUUGAUAAGGAUAUCUUAAAUUUGGCUAAGAAUCAUAACCAUCUAUAUGUGUACUGAGCAGGCCAUUCUGUAGUUUAAAAAAUGAACUUGUCAUUGAGGUUAACUAAUUACCACAGAUAUAUUUCUGGCUAUUCUGUUCUGUAGUUAUCUUAUCAACCAUGUGCUAAAACUUAUACAUCUGUGUUUUAGCUGAUAUCAGGUGACAUAAUAUGCAUUCAUUUCACUCCCUCUCAUCAAACCCUUUUUUAAGUGGCAUUAUUACAUUAGGACACUCCAGUUUUCAAAUUAACUCUGAUAUGUCAAAAACAUGGACUGUCUUUGCCUUAGCCAAAAACAAUGUGGUUAACAAUAAAUCAUGUAGUUUUCCAAAGCUUUAGGGUUAAAAACUUCCAUUGGUAAUCCUUGUGUAGCACCUUGAACACCUGUGAAGUUAAAUAAUACUCUCACCUGAAGUCUGAAUAAGAAAUGGUUAUUUUAUGUGCAUAUGAUGUCUGGAAGAUGCAUACAUUUUUCUACUUAAAGAAGAUGUUUAAUCUUGAUAUGAAGUUGUGUAACUUUUUCAAUUUAUAUGUAUUCCAGUUUUGUCAGGGGGAAAAAAUAAUUAAUUUUUGAUUAUACCUUGUUUAUGUUAGACCUGAGUCAAAUUUUAUUGAGAAACUCAUUUCUUUCACAUUGUAUGACUUUAAUGUUUAUUCCUUUUAACACAAUUGCAAAAGCAAAUUCUUAC